UCAGAAAACCAUCAAAAGUUCCAACCUUUUCAGCGUUAUUUUCAGAAAACCUCCAAAAAAAGUCAACAUAAUGUUUAGAAAACGCAAACUUUCAACAUUAUUUUUAGAAAACCCACCCAAACUAUCAUCAUUUGGACAUCGACAAUAUUUUCAGAAAACCCCCAUUAUGCUGUUAGGGGGGUUGUUGAAAAAAUUACGGAUGCCUGGAUUUAUUUCCGGGAUUUGGAGCCUACGCAUGCACUGUAAAAAGUAGUGAGAGACCACUUCUUAUAUGAUUGUCAUUGACGUGUUUAAUGGGUGGUUGUAAUUCAAUCCAAAUCUAGCAAUCACCAUGCUCCUCAUGAAUGACACUCAUUCCUAAAUUAAGAAGUUGUUUCUCCACUAUUUUUUUUAUAGUAAAGAGGAUCUGAAUCUGCAAAUUUUGGUAUAAGCUCCCAUAACUCGUUCACUCUUCCAAAUUUUAACAGGGAAUGGCCCUCCUAACAGUCUCCGCCUCCCACGACGGCCUCCGCCCUCCCCUUGGCCAACCCGCAACCUCCAAACAAAACGCAUUCCUCUACAUCUCCCUCUCCCUCAUCGCCCUCGGCACCGGCGGCAUCAAACCCUGCGUCUCAUCUUUUGGCGCUGACCAAUUCGACGAGUCCGACCCCAAAGAAUCUGCCAUGAAGUCGUCCUUCUUCAACUGGUUCUUCUUCGCCAUCAACAUGGGAGUGCUCCUCGGCAUCACGGUGAUGGUUUAUGUGCAGGAAGAGAGAGGGUGGGGCUGGGGGUUUGGAGUUCCGGCGGCGAUGACGGUGGUUUCGAUAGCGGUGAUUGCGGCGGGGUUUAGGGUCUAUAGGUUCCAGAGGCCGAUGGGGAGUCCGUUUACCAGGUUUCUGCAGGUAUUGGUUGCUGCUUGUAGGAAUCAUUUGAAGGGGGCUGUGAGGGGAGGGGAGUUGUAUGAGGUGAAGGGUAAGGAGUCUGAUAUUGUUGGUGCAAGGAAAUUGAGACACACUAAUCAGUACAGAUUCUUGGACAAGGCAGCAGUCAUAGCAGAGCCCAACACCACCACCGCAACAAAGCCCAGCAGAUGGAGGCUGUGCACGGUGACACAAGUCGAAGAGCUCAAAUGCUUCAUCAGAGUCCUCCCAAUCUGGGCCACAACGAUCUCCCUCUCCCUCUCCUUCGCCCAAAUGUCCACCUUCUUCAUCUCCCAAUCCUCCCUCAUGAACCGCACCCUCUCUACCUUCACCAUUCCCACGGGCUCCGUCCCCGUCUUCGGGGCCCUCGUCCCCCUCCUCCUCGUCCCCCUCUACGAGUCCCUCGCCGUCCCCCUCCUCCGCAACCUCACUGGCGCACGCCGGCGGGAAACAAAAAACAAACGCAUCAGCUCUCUCCAGCGCAUGGGUGUCGGCCUCUUCAUCGCCAUCUUCGCCUUUCUCUCCGCUGCCUUGGUUGAAAAACACCGCCGAGACAAUUCAACUUCAAAUUCAGGUCCUAAACCGUUGAGCGUGUUCUGGCUGUUCCCGCAGUUCUUCCUCAUGGGCGCCGCGGAAGUGUUUACGUACGUCGGGCAGCUGGAGUUUUUCUACGACGAGGCGACGGACGGGACGAGGAGCCUGUGCAGUGCCAUGUUUUUGAGCGAGUUUGGGAUCGGGAGCUGGCUGAGUACGGCGCUGGUGAAGAUCGUGGAGGGGACAACAGGAGGAGAGGAGAGAGGGUGGUUGAGGAAUAGGUUGGAUGAGAGCAGGUUGGACUUGUUUUACUGGGUUUUGUGUGGGAUCAAUGGGGUGAGCUUCGUGGUGUAUUUGGUUGUGGCGAUGAGGUACAAGGGAAAGGAUGGAGGUAGGAGUGGGAGUGUGAGGGAUGAGGCUGUGCUGAUGAAAGCUGAGGAGGAGGAGGGGGUUUAAUGGAUUUUUCAGGGUAUUUAUGUUUUAAUUAUUGAAUUAAAGUGAUUUGGCACAAAUUUUACAUUUUCAUUUAGUCGAAGAACACGUAGUAAUCUUGUGUUUCUCAUCGUUUAUCAUGUGAUUGUAUCUUAUCAUAUCAAACGUUGACAUUGUUUCCUUAUUUUUUUUAGAGGAACAGGGUUUACUUCCAUAUGCACUGUAGAAGUUUGAUUGUAUCAUGUUGUAUACUAACAUGUUUGUUACAGAUUGAACGUCUUUUUAAUGGACAAAAUUAAAGCCUGAAAUUUUAAAUGCAUGUUCAAUGUGAUUUUGACCCGGAUUGGUCUAGUAUCAUUUAAAAUUUUCUUUAUAUUACAAACCCUUUUUUGCUACAUCCAAACUGCAACAAUAUGCUGAGAAUUGAGAAUUUUAAUUUUAUACUCUAACGUUUCUGCACGACAGGUUAAUUAACGAAUGUCUCUUACAAAUUUAUUUUGUAAAUAGUUCAUACACAUGCCGGUUAUUUCAAAAUUUGUUGUGUUUUAGUAAACUUUUUACCGGAUCACUUUUGAAAAAUAAAAUUGUAUCUCUUUGAAAGUAAC